AACUGGGUCUCAGCGCCGCGGUGGCUGCGGCUGUCUCAGCAACGGCUCGCGCCUCCCCAUCCCCCAGUUCCCAGAGCUCUUCCCGCCUGCCGCGGUGGAGACCCAGGCCGAAGGCGGGGAAGGCCGGUCCAGCCCGUUCCUCUGCCCGCGCGGCGGGAGCAUCGUUCCGGAGGACUGCCCGAAGGCAAGCCUCGCAGCCGGAGAGCGCGGCGCACACGCGCGCCUCCCGGCCGCGGCCGUCCUCUCUUCCCUCCUUCCUCUCCUCUCUCCCCUCCCCUCUCCUCCGCCCCCAACCUCUGCUGCGGCGGGAGGAAGAACCCUUCCCGACUAGCCCAGAGAACCCAGGUCGAUUCUCAUUCCCGGAGAAAGAGACCCUCUUGGUGGGAUCCGGCUGGUCGCUCGCCCCCCGGCCACGGAAGUGACUGGUCGUCUAUUGGGAGAGCUCGCUUCUAGCGCAGCCCCCGACCCUCACCCAGCCGCAGCCGCAUAGACAGCGCUCCCCAGCGGGCCCCCGGCCCCGCCGAGCCCACUCCCCGCUUGGGGCCAGGGCCGGCGAUGCCUGGCGCGGCAACGGCGGUGGCCGCGGCUGCUGCUGCUGCCGCCACGGCUGCUGGCCGGAGCCCGGGUCGGGGGCUCGAGUCUCCGCAGUGGGGCUGAGCCCGCAGCCCCGCCCCCCGAGCCUGAGGCCGCUGCUCCGCCGGGCGCCGGGCCUUCUCCGCCCGCGCCUCCGCCCCAGGAACUGGAGCCAAGCGGGGAGCCCGGGCCCCGCGCCCAGGCCCGGACCAUGCAUGGCCACCGAGUCCCGGGGGGCCCUGGGCCUUCGGAUCCCGAACGCUCAGCGGCAAAUACCCCUGGCGCCGCUCCGCUGGCCUGUGCCGACUCGGACCCUGGAGCCUUGGAACCCGGACUGCCGGUGCGCAGGGGCUCAGGCUCGGCUCUUGGAGGCCCUUUGGAUCCUCAGUUUGUUGGACCCUCGGACGCCAGCCUGGGAGCGCCUCCAAGCUCCCGGGUCUUGCCCUGCGGCCCUAGCCCUCAGCACCACCGGGCCCUGCGCUUCUCCUACCACCUGGAGGGCUCGCAGCCUCGGCCUGGACUGCACCAGGGAAACCGGAUCCUGGUUAAAAGUUUGUCCCUUGACCCUGGCCAGAGCCUUGAGCCUCAUCCAGAAGGUCCCCAACGGCUUCGCUCAGAUCCAGGCCCUCCCACUGAAAUCCCUGGCCCACGUCCUUCACCACUAAAGCGGGCACCAGGCCCAAAGCCACAGGUCCCCCCAAAGCCCAGCUACCUGCAGAUGCCCCGGGUGCUUCCUCCUCCUGAGCCCAUUCCUCCGCCACCAUCACGCCCUCUGCCUGCAGACCCUAGAGUGGCCAAGGGUCUUGCCCCCAGAGCUGAGGCCAGCACUAGUUCUGCAGCAGUAUCAUCAUUGAUCGAGAAGUUUGAAAGAGAGCCUGUGAUUGUCGCUUCGGAUAGGCCAGCCCCUGGCCCCUGCCCAGUUCCCCCAGAGCCAGCCAUGUUGCCACAGCCACCCCCGCAGCCAACAGGGUCCCAGCUCCCUGAGGGUGAGGCUUCUCGCUGCCUGUUCCUGCUGGCUCCUGGGCCCCGGGAUGGUGAGAAGGUGCCUAACCGGGACAGCGGCAUUGACAGCAUCAGCUCGCCAUCCAACAGUGAAGAGACCUGCUUCGUCAGUGAUGACGGGCCCCCCAGCCACAGCCUCUGUCCUGGGCCCCCUGCCCUGGCUAGUAUGCCAGUGGCUUUGGCCGACCCCCACCGGCCUGGCUCCCAGGAGGUUGACAGUGACCUGGAAGAGGAAGAGGAGGAGGAGGAAGAAGAGGAGGAAAAGGAAAGAGAAAUUCCAGUGCCCCCGAUGGAGAGACAGGAGUCUGUGGAGCUGACCGUGCAGCAGAAGGUAUUCCAUAUUGCCAAUGAACUCCUGCAAACUGAGAAGGCCUAUGUUUCCAGGCUUCAUCUCCUGGAUCAGGUAUUCUGUGCCCGGCUGCUGGAAGAAGCUCGGAACCGCAGUUCCUUCCCUGCAGAUGUUGUCCAUGGCAUCUUCUCUAACAUCUGCUCCAUCUACUGCUUCCAUCAGCAGUUCCUGCUGCCUGAGCUGGAGAAGCGCAUGGAGGAAUGGGACCGCUACCCACGCAUUGGUGACAUCCUUCAGAAGUUGGCACCCUUCCUCAAGAUGUAUGGCGAGUAUGUGAAAAACUUUGACCGGGCUGUAGAGCUGGUCAACACAUGGACAGAGCGUUCUACCCAGUUUAAAGUCAUCAUCCAUGAAGUACAGAAGGAGGAAGCCUGUGGCAACCUGACCCUGCAGCACCACAUGCUGGAGCCCGUGCAGCGUAUCCCCCGCUAUGAGCUUCUUCUUAAGGACUAUCUGUUAAAGCUGCCUCAUGGCUCCCCGGACAGCAAGGAUGCCCAGAAGUCUUUGGAGCUGAUAGCCACAGCAGCAGAACACUCUAAUGCUGCCAUCCGUAAAAUGGAACGAAUGCACAAGCUGCUGAAGGUCUAUGAGCUGCUAGGGGGUGAGGAGGACAUUGUCAGUCCCACCAAAGAGCUCAUAAAAGAAGGUCAUAUCCUUAAGCUGUCAGCAAAGAAUGGGACCACUCAAGAUCGAUACCUCAUAUUAUUCAACGACCGCCUUCUUUACUGCGUGCCCAGGCUGCGGCUCCUUGGCCAGAAGUUUAGCGUGCGGGCACGCAUUGAUGUAGAUGGCAUGGAGCUAAAGGAAAGCUCCAACCUCAACAUGCCUCGGACCUUCUUGGUGUCAGGAAAACAGCGCUCUCUUGAACUCCAGGCCAGGACUGAGGAGGAGAAGAAAGACUGGGUCCAGGCCAUCAAUUCUACCCUCCUGAAGCAUGAACAGACCCUGGAGACUUUCAAACUGUUGAACUCAACAAACAGGGAUGAUGAAGAUACUCCCCCUAACUCUCCAAACGUGGAUCUUGGGAAGAGGGCACCUACGCCUAUCCGGGAAAAGGAAGUCACCAUGUGCAUGCGCUGCCAGGAGCCCUUCAAUUCCAUCACCAAACGCAGGCACCACUGCAAGGCCUGUGGGCAUGUGGUUUGUGGGAAAUGCUCUGAGUUCCGAGCACGACUCAUCUAUGACAACAAUCGUUCCAACCGUGUGUGCACUGAUUGCUAUGUGGCCUUGCAUGGAGCACCCGGGAGCAGUCCAGCCUGUAGCCAACAUACACCCCAGCGCAGGAGGUCCAUCCUAGAGAAACAGGCCUCAGUGGCUGCUGAGAACAGCGUCAUCUGCAGCUUCCUGCACUACAUGGAGAAGGGUGGGAAAGGAUGGCACAAGGCAUGGUUUGUGGUUCCCGAGAAUGAACCCUUGGUGCUGUACAUCUAUGGAGCCCCUCAGGAUGUGAAAGCCCAACGCAGCCUGCCCCUCAUUGGCUUUGAGGUGGGGCCUCCUGAGGCAGGGGAGCGGCCAGACAGGAGGCAUGUCUUCAAGAUCACCCAGAGCCACCUAAGCUGGUACUUCAGCCCAGAGACAGAAGAACUCCAGCGGCGCUGGAUGGCUGUGCUUGGCAGGGCGGGCCGUGGGGACACAUUCUGCCCAGGGCCCACACUGUCUGAGGACAAGGAGAUGGAGGAGACAACAGUGGCAGCUUCAGGAGCCACUGCUGAACCUCCUGAAGCCUCCCAGACCCGAGACAAGACCUAGAGGGUUUGGGGGGGGAACUGGGAGUUCCUGCCCCACACUCCAGCUGCCCAUGUUCAAUUGGGGGCUCUAGCCCACUCCCAAUGCAGUCAAUACUUGAAUUCCCAUCAAGGGCACUUUCAAUCCCGAAUGCUGGGUCUUGGGUUUUUUAAUUCAUCUUUUCACAAAAUGUGGGCUUUUUAAAAAAGAAAGACAAACUAUUCCUACAUUGAUGUUAAUUUUUUAAAUCCCUGUCCCCAGGGAGGGCAGGAGCUAAUUGCUAGACUCACUUGAAUUAGUCUGUUUCCUCCCAGUACCCCACAGAUCCUACUUUCAUCUAGUUCCCCACAAAAGUACCAGAGGCAGGAGACCUGGAUUCAAGUGCCAGCUCUGCUACUGACCCUGGGACCCCAAUCCACCCUUUCCUCCUCAGCCAGUGUCUUCACAUGUAUGACUUUACAUGGGGUGGUGACUAGACCCUUCUUGCCUUUCCCAUGGCUUAUAGCUUCUACCUAGCCCCAAAGCAAUCCAGUAUUUUAUCGUCCAGAUCCAUGGCAGGGCCACUGGGCAGGACGGGAAUGGGGGGGCGGGAGGGGAGGACAAUGGAUACUGUUUUUUAAAGAAAAAUACAGUUUAUUUCAGGCGUACAGUAACUUUCAGAGCACUGCUAUGGUCCGUCCGUUUGUCCGAAGUCCCAGGCUACUAAGGGAGAGGGGAGGGUGCAGAAACUACUCUCUUGAUGAAUUUUGAAGCUCAGCUCUCAGAAAGCUGAUUCCAAGGUUAAAUCAUGAAUUAAACAAGAAAGUGUUAUGUUAUUAA